AUGGCCACCAAUAGUUCUGGAGAUAACAUUGAGGUUUUAUGGAGACUGAGAAAUAUGUUUCAGUCAUUUCGUGGAGGUCAGAGUAUAGAGGGUCUUGAGGCUUGUAUUCGCGGAAGCGAGGAAGGAUCAACAAUGGCGAGCGAUUCUGAGAUAGCUGCUUUUCGGUCUAGGAAGGUCGCUCUAAUUACAGGAAUUUCAGGACAGGAUGGAUCAUACCUUGCCGAAUUGCUGCUAUCAAAAGGUUACGCCGUACAUGGGAUCAUUCGAAGGUCGUCUUCGUUCAACACUGCUCGCAUUGAACAUCUGUACAGCAAUCCUGUUACACAUCGCGGUGAUUCGUCAUUUGCGUUACAUUAUGGUGACAUGACUGACUCAUCUUGCCUCAUUAAACUCAUCUCAAAAAUUCAGCCAACAGAAGUCUAUCAUCUAGCUGCCCAGUCCCACGUUAAGGUGUCAUUCGAUUUACCAGAGUAUACUGCUGAAGUUGAUGCUGUAGGAACUUUGAGGUUACUCGAUGCGAUACAUGCCUGCGGACUUACUGAGAAGGUUCGCUUUUACCAAGCGUCCACCUCAGAGUUAUACGGAAAAGUUCAGGAAAUUCCGCAAAAAGAAACGACGCCGUUCUACCCACGCUCACCUUAUGCUGUGGCAAAGAUGUAUGCUUACUGGAUUGUGGUGAACUACCGAGAAGCAUACAACAUGUUUGCUUGUAAUGGCAUUCUUUUCAAUCAUGAAAGUCCAAGGAGAGGUGAAACUUUUGUUACUCGUAAAAUUACACGUUCCGUAGCAAAGAUCAGCCUUGGGCAACAGACAUGCGUCGAACUUGGGAAUCUUGACUCGCUUCGUGAUUGGGGUCAUGCAAGGGAAUACGUGGAGGCUAUGUGGCGUAUUCUUCAACAUGACAAACCCGAUGACUUUGUAAUCGCCACAGGAAAACAAACUACGGUUAAAGAUUUUUGCAAUUUGGCCUUCCAAGAAAUCGGAAUGAAGCUCGAGUGGGAAGGUGAAGGCAUCAACGAAGUCGGUAAGGAAAAAGGAACCGGCAUCGUUCGGGUAAAAGUGAAUCCUAAAUACUAUCGUCCCACCGAAGUUGAGACGUUGCUCGGUGAUCCCUCCAAAGCAAAGAAGGAAUUGGGAUGGGAAGCUCAAAUUUCUAUAGAUCAACUCGUCAAAGAAAUGGUGGCAUCCGAUGUGGCACUGAUGACUGCCAAUCCUAUGGCAUGA